CAAGGCUUUUCUCUGGGAGCUUAAUCAGGACAGCCCAAGUCCAUAUGCUGCUCUAAUGUACGAUGCCUUUGGGAAGAUAGGCAGCGAUGUGAAGGGCGGCAACACUAACAGACCAGGGUCUCUCCAGGAGUGUCUCUCUGUCCAAGGCCCCUCCUUUUCAGGUCAAUAUUGCCAGGUGUUCCUCGAGCAGGACCCAGUCCAGUAUUUUGUAGGCAUCUGUGUUCCUGACUCCUGUGAUGAAGAAGAGGUGCAGAACAUGGUUGUUUACGGUCGGUGUCAAGGUCACACGCCCCUCAUCCCUCCGUUUCCGUCCAUCCUGGUGGCCCAGUCCACUCAGGGCAUCUUCAUAACUCAUUGUCUAAGCAACACGGCCACCCCGGACCUGUCUGCUGUUACCUGCCUGUUUGUUUGUUGCGCCAUGGUGGCUGUUCCCCUUGCUGCAACUGUACUCAUAGCCAUCAUCAAGUGGCAGCUGAACAGAGAAGUCAGUCCAGGAGUGGAGUCUUCUUCUCUGAGCACCAACCCUAACAUGUAUGGGACCCUCAUGCACAAUGGCUCCCCUAGUGUUGAUAUAAACCACUGCACUCUCCAACAGUCAUCAUUCAACUCUUCCCAACACCCCCCCUCCUGUGUGCUGCCAGGCUGGGUCUACUCGUGCCUGCAGGCCUUCUCCAUCCAGAGGAGCAGCCAGGGGGUCCUGAGCUGGACGGGCACCAGGGCAAGCUACUCCUCCCUCAAUGGUGUCCGUAUCUUGAGCCUGCUCUGGAUCAUCUGUGGGCACACCAUCCAGCUCAGCGCCUGGAACAACCUAGAUAAUGACAAGAGGUGGAAGGAGACAGUGGACAGGAAUCCUCUGUAUGUAUUUGCUUUCAGUGGGCCUGUGUAUCUGGCAGUAGACACCUUCCUGCUUUUGGGAGGGCUCCUGAGUGCUAAGUCUCUACUGGGUUCCAUACAAAAGUCUGAUGACAAGUUGAGCCUCUGUCUGGUGGUCAGUUAUCUCUUCAAGAGAUUCAAAAGAGUCCAGCCCCUGCACCUGUUCAUCAUCUGCGUGGCCAUCGGAUUCUUCUCUGUGGUCCAUAGGGGAACCUUCUGGUUCAUCGCUGAGGAUGAAAUCCUCAACUGCAAGAAGUACUGGUGGUCCAAUCUGCUGCUGGUCAACAACCUCUUGACCAUCACUGACAUUUGUGCACCUUGGACCUGGUAUCUGUCCCUAGACUUCCAGUUCUAUGCCACCACACCUCUGAUUGUCUACCUCUACAGGCUGAACAAAGGUUUGCUGGUUUCCAUUGCAGCAGUCUUACUGGUUUUGUCCAGUGUCACCAGUGCUGUCCUUACUGCUUUCCUGCACCUCCCAGUUCACCAACCAACGACUCUUGCCUAUAAAAGCUACUUUCAAUAUUACUACAAUAAACCAUACACCAGAUAUGGGCCCUACCUAAUAGGAAUCCUAUCAGGGAUAUUCAUGACCACCAAAAAGAAUAACUUCAUAAGACUCCAGUGGCAAGCAGCGCUGGGUUGGUUCACCUCCCUGUCAGUCAUGGCUGUGCUGGUGGGAUUGGCCUAUGUUCUCCGUGAGGUCCCUGCCCAGGCCUCUGCCCCCCAUGCUCUCUACCAGGGUCUCCAUCGCCCCCUGUGGGCCUUGACUGUGGCCUGGAUAGUACUAGCCUGUGAGGAGGGCUAUGGAGGGUUAGUUGACAGGCUCCUGUCCCUCAGCCUGUGGGUUCCUCUGUCCAACAUCAGCUUCGCCUGUUAUCUCAUCCACCCCAUUCUUAUCAUCAUCUACAAUGGCAAACAGGAAACACCAAUUCACUACACCGACAUCAAUUUUUUGUAUCUGUUUAUAGGCCACACAGUGCUCACGCUGGUGGUGGGCUAUGUUCUAACAGUCCUGGUGGAGAAGCCAUACCUGUUCCUGAAGGGGAAGAACACAAAGUACCAAAACUAAGUCAUUGGACAUUGGACCAGUCAAAAUGCAGCCUCAGCCUAGUUCAUCUCCACCCCUAUGGGAUCUAUUCCCUAUUCACUAGAACCAGUACAUAGACAACCCCAACGACUGACCUCCUACUCGGUCAGGUUUAAGAGGAAUGGAUAUGUACAUGUACAAGCAAGAUGGUGCUCACUUACUGGGAGAAGCCGGACAUGAGAACUGAUAUGUGGACCAAAUAUGGACAAAUGUGGACAUGGAAGGAGUGUGCCAAUUUAGUUGACAAAAACAUACUUCAUUUACCGUUUGUUUUCACAUAGUUUUGUGGUUAAUGUCUAGUCAGGGUUUUGAUUCUGUGAUAUUUGUGAAACCUCAAACCUUAACGCCUAAGUGUUUAUUGAAAGUGGUUAGAAUGUACCGUAGUGCUGGAACAUUCCAAUAAUAGCUAAAGCAAAACCCAGACGUAGAAAACUGUGGCUGUCAAGCAGGGGGACGGUCUCUGCUUCAUGCAAACUGUGACCUUUACCUCUCCAACUGCCUGCCACCACAUGUAAAUGGGAGCAUAGUAACCCAACCAUCACACACAGUGAAGAACAGACACACACAAACACACAUAAGCAUGGCGUAUAUAUGUCACACUUUUUCCAUUGUUUUAAAAUAUUUGCCUGUUUAUUAAGUCAAUCUAUCUACGAAGCAUAUAAUGAUAAAGGCACAGCUGACUGACUGAAGGAAGAUGUGGGUGAGUGCAAAAGGGAACGGCCAAACAUAUAAUGUCAGAAUGAAGUGAAUUGACAAGGAAUCUUGUUGAAUGGCUCUUGAUUGGGCAUUAAAGG